UAACCCCAUUCGGCUUGGACCACUCACCGAUCAAUCCGUCUCGUCUCGUUCCACUGCUUCACCGCGAGCGAAAGGGGAGAGUUGGGGUUUUGCGAGCGAGAUCGAGCGAUGGCGACGGGGAGCGGAGCAGCGGCGGCGGCGGCGGCGGAUGCGGAGGAGAAGGAGAGCGGCAGCAGGAUGAUCACCCUGACGAGCAACGAGGGCAAGGCAUUCGUUGUGACGGAGGCGUCGGCGAGGCAGUCCGCGACCAUCAGGAGCAUGGUCGACGACGGCGGCUGCGUCGACAAGGGCUUCCCGCUCCCCAACGUCGACUCCAAGACCCUCGCGAGGGUGAUCCAGUACUGCGACGAGCACGGCAACAAGGAGCCCCACACCGUCGACGAGAGAGCGGCGCUCGCCAAGUUCGACAGGGACUUCAUCGCCGAGCUGGACGCCGACAAGGCCUUCCUCUACGACGUCACCAUGGCCGCCAACUACCUCCACAUCCAAGGGCUCCUCGCCCUCACCACCCAGUGCGUCGCCGACACCAUCAAGGGCAAGACCCCCGAGGAGAUCCGCACGGCCUUCGGCAUCGAGUACGACCUCACCGCGCAGGACGAGAAGGAGAUCAAGGAGGAGGAUACUCACGCAUGACGCACCAGCUAGCUGCCCCCGUAAGCCGUAGUGUCCUCGUCGUAACGAUUGUUCUCUCGUAGUUGCGCGUUGUGUCUCUGGUGGAUUCAGAUCCAAUCAAGCUUACUGCCUUUGAGUUCGUGCAUCCUGUGUCCAAGUAGAAGUGUAGAACUGAGUCGGCUGUGUCGUUGAAUGCUUUUGCAACUGCUGGAUCGCUUGCAUGAAGUGAAUAUUUUGCCCCGAAAUUGUUUUGCUGUGUCCGCUUGGCGUUCAUGCAGUUAGUCUUCUUGUUAAA